GCAUUCACAAGGUACGUCUCUGCAGGGGGAAGCUCGAUAGGUAUUCUGUGUAUGUGCUGCGACGUUGGAUGCUAGGCGGCGGGAUGCUCUUGGGCUCGCUGCCUAUGCUCGCUGAAAGUGGAAACAGUGGACUUAUCGACCUCGUGUUCCCACAGCUGUAAAUUCCCAACAUGCCUUUGAUGAACCGCUCGUUGCGUGUCGCCACUAGGGCGGCCGCCAUCCGCCGGGCAACUGCCGUCCCCGUCCGCACUAAGACUUCUUUGAUUCCUCCCAACGUGGCGUCGCUGAAGGAGAUCGGCAGACUUCAAUCUGCUUACCCCCAGGCCCACCCCGAUAUCUUCAAGAAGAUGAAGUACUUCUAUCAGCACAUUCCCAAGGGAAACCGCCAGACAACGAAAGCCAACACUUUCUGGGGUCGCUACUACGAGAAGUACAUCGCCCAGGACUCGUUCGUCCCAGUGCUGCACUUCUUGGGUAUUAUGAUUCCUACCGGUUACUACAUCUCCUACUUCAAGGGCGGGGUAUGUCAUCAGAUGCUGGUCAAAUGAGGAGUUGAAGAGUAAACCCGAGCCUUAAAUGCGGAAUCUAACUUCUUUCCUCCUAACAAUUUGCGCAAUCCGAUUUACGUUCGGAAUUUUAGCACUACCACCCUCGUUUCGAGUUCCACUAGAUUUGCA